GCUGGCCAGAGCCCACUCAGCCCCUUGACAGGAAGGGUGUGUGUGUGUGUAUGUGUGUGUGUGUGUGUGUGUGUGUGUGUGUGUGUGUGUGUGUGUGUGAGAGAGAGACAGGGCGGGCGGGGCAGCCCUCCAUCCCUGGGCGGAUGCUCAGGGCGGGGCCUCUGUCCCUCAGGCAGCAGCUCACUGGCAUGGAGGUGUUCCAGAAGGUGGAGAAGAUUGGGGAGGGCACCUACGGGGUGGUGUACAAGGCCAGGAACAAGCAGACCGGGCAGCUCGUGGCCCUCAAGAAGAUCCGCCUGGACUCGGAGACUGAGGGUGUCCCCAGCACUGCCAUCCGGGAGAUCUCCCUUCUCAAAGAACUUAAGCACCCCAAUAUUGUCAGGCUACUCGAUGUGGUACAUAGCGAGAAAAAAUUGUAUCUGGUGUUUGAGUUCCUCAGUCAGGACCUGAAGAAGUAUAUGGACUCAGCUGCUGCCACAGAGCUCCCUCUGCACCUGGUCAAGAGCUACCUCUUCCAGCUGCUCCAAGGGGUCAAUUUCUGCCAUUCUCAUCGGGUCAUCCACCGCGAUCUAAAGCCCCAGAACCUGCUCAUCAAUGAGUUAGGUGCCAUCAAGCUGGCUGAUUUCGGGCUGGCCCGGGCCUUUGGAGUGCCUCUGCGUACUUACACCCAUGAGGUGGUAACCCUCUGGUAUCGCGCCCCUGAGAUUCUCCUGGGUUGCAAGUUCUACUCAACAGCCGUGGAUGUCUGGAGCAUUGGUUGCAUCUUUGCAGAGAUGGUGACACGCAGGGCCCUGUUUCCUGGUGAUUCUGAGAUUGACCAGCUAUUUCGAAUUUUUCGAACCCUGGGCACACCCAGUGAGGCCACAUGGCCAGGGGUCACCCAGCUGCCUGACUAUAAGGGCAGUUUCCCCAAGUGGACCAGGAAGUCGAUAGAGGAGAUCGUGCCAAGCCUUGAUCCAGAAGGCAAGGAUUUGCUCAUGCAGCUACUACAGUAUGACCCAAACAGACGCAUCUCGGCCAAGGCAGCUCUAACACAUCAUUAUUUCUCCACCUGCAAGUCAUGCUCAGCCCCACGCCAGUGCAUGCUGGAGCAUUUUUGCCGGUGAACGGAAUGGGUGUCCGGCCUCUACCCUCUUCCCCCUCACUCUCAGGCCCAAUACCCAAGGUCUCUUCUUCAGCCCCAGCUGGAGCCAGCUUUCCCUGAUGCUGGGGAGGAAUUCUAGGCAGGAUGGGCUUUGUGUCUUGAUUCAGCUGUGGCCUGGGGACCACAAGGGACUAAGUUCGGACUCAUCUUUCUAUCAGGUUCAAGUUCCCAUGUUCUUUGUUGGGUUUGACCGUGUCCCUUCAGAGUGGAGGGCACAGGUGCCUCCUCUCCCAGGGAGAGGGAGAGGUAAGAGAGCAGCAACCUUGUACCUGUUGGGUGGCAUUUGGAAAAAGAGGAACAAUUUUUUUUUUUAAUCCACUCCUUAGGAAUUGAUCUCUUGUCAUCAUAGACCUAGCCCAAACUUUACCUUCAGGUCAAGAAUUCCAAGGUGGAGGGACUCUGCUUCUGUGCCCCUCAUCCAGCCUUCUUGCUGCUCUGUUGGGGUUUAAACUGUUUAGUAAAGAGUUUAAUUCCAAUUAGAAGAGUUGGAGGAGAGGGGAAUUUUUCCAUACAUGGUCAGUGGCAAAUACGUGAGUUGAGUGUAUUUUCAGCAGUUAACUGUUUAUCUACUAUGUAAUUGCAUUCAUUUGAUCCUAGCUUUAAGAAUAUGAAAUAAAAUGGACAUUUAUGAGCUUGGUGGUAUCUGUCCCUUCAGUAGAAAGGGGACCACAGGGAAAAAAAGCCUCAGCAUGACAAACAAUGGGCCUAUAAUCGCCCCUAGGCCAGAGGUUCUUAACUUGGGGUCUGGGAACUAAAAAUAUAUAUAUUUUGGUAACUAUUUCAAUGUAAUUCAUUUCCUUUGUGACUAUGCAUUUUAUUUUAUGCAUUUAAAAAUGCUUUUCCAAAAAGGAAACACAAAAAUGAUUAAGAACUCAUAGAAAGUAGUUAAUAAAUGCUUGAUCGAUGGAUUGAAUUUGUGUGUAAUAUAUACUCUUGUAUCUGGUAGUAUUAUACAUAGACAAGUAUAAUAGUCUCAAGAGAGGGCAGAUAAUGUGCUUUAGGAUAACAACUGCUGCUGAAUGGGAGGCUGGAAGAAAUGGUCAGGGAAGCCUACAUAGAGGAGAUAGUUAAGCUGAAACUUGAAGGAAAGUAGAAAUGAUAAAGGAAUAAAAUACAGAGGAUGGCCAUCAUGAAUGGACAAAAAUUAGGAAAGAGCAUACCAAAUUGAGGGAAUCUGGUAAUUUAGUUAGGCUAGAAUGAUGAGCCCAUUAAAGACAGGAAUAUUAAACCAGCCCAGAAAGGUAGGUUGGAAACAGACUGAGACUGAAGGAGAGAUUCAGGGUAGGCAAGAGGCCGUCCUUAUUCCAAUAGGGAAGAUUCAUAUUCUCGCUUGCACCACUGACAUCCUGUUCUGGAGUCAUCUCAGGACAACUCGCCCUACACUCAGAACCAGAGGCAGCAGGGCCUCCCCCUUCCACCCAGCUGGGAGA